AUGUUGGUCAACAGCAUAGGCCGCUGUCCUUUCCGACAGUACAUGCCCAGCAAGCCGGCGAAAUACGGGAUCAAGUUGUGGGUGGCGUGCGACGCCAGAUCAAGCUACGCUUGGAAGAUGCAAGUCUACACCGGAAAGCCGAGCGGCGGGCGUCCGGAGAGGAACCUGGGGCUGCGGGUCGUGCUCGACCUCACGGAGGGACUGAGCGGGCGCAACGUCACGUGCGACAAUUACUUCACCUCCUACGAACUCGCGCGGAAGCUCCUGGAGAGGAACGUCACCGUGGUCGGCACGGUUCGGAAGAACAAGCCCGAGCUCCCGCCCCGGCUGCUCGCCGUCAAGGGACGUUCUCCUCCGUGUUCGCCUUCACGCCCGCCGCCACUCUGGUGUCGUACGUCCCGAGGAAGAAAAACAGGAACGUGGUGCUCCUGA